GUUCGAUAUGGUCGAAGUGCGAAUUCUGUAGUCCUGGUGAAACAUAUAUACCGUUUUUGAUCUGCUUCAAUCACAUCAGUGAUGGCAUUCCAGCCCUCGCCGACAGAUGUCUCUGUCAUCAUCACCACGCCCGGUACAGCAACUGGUUCCGAACCGCGCUUCCUGACAGAGCGUCGUGUCACUCCGACAUGGAGUGUCCUGCAGCUGAAAUCUAAGUUGGAGACGAUGACUGGCAUCCCCACGAACUGUCAGCGUCUACUACUGAAGGCACCCGGGCGUGCUGAUCAGUGGGUAGAUGGAGAUGACAGUAUCAUCGGCAACUGGGGUCUGAUGAAGGGCUGCGAGAUUGAGGUUCACGAUACUCGCCCUCAAGCCGCACGGCCUAAUUUCAACGAUUUGUCUUCUGUGGAGAAAUAUGUCCUCCCCUCAGCCACGUAUGAGUCACUUCCACACUCGGUUCUAGCCUGGAAAAAGAACCAGAAACUCGGCAGAUUCGAUCCCAAGGCUCUGUCACCGAAGGAGUCGAUGCAAAAGCAGGCAGAGAAAGAUACCGAGGAUGUUCGCGUUCGGGGCAUCGCCGUCUCCAGACGUGCUAUUAUUCUUCCGUCAUCGCCUCCACACGUUAGGCGAGGCACCAUACGCUACGUUGGGCCAGUGCCUACGAUACCUUUCCCUGGAGUGGACGUCACAACUCAAGAAACUUCCGACUCCGGUCCCCAACCUAUCUGGGUAGGAGUUGAACUCGACGAGCCUACCGGAAAGAACGACGGUAGUGUAGGUGGCAGACGCUAUUUUACUUGUCCCAACAAUACGGGCGUCUUUGUGAAGCCCGAAAAGGUGGAAGUCGGAGACUUUCCCCCAUUAGAUUUGUUUGAUGACCUGGACGAUGAAAUGGAGGAAAUAUGAAAAUACUUUCCUUAUCUCAGCUGAGCAAGUAGUCCAGCAGGAAGAGAAUCACAGAAACAGAGAGAAAAGGGGAAUGGAAAGGCUAGCAUCGGUCUGGCACAAUAUUUCUAUUCAAGACAAUAAAUCCAGUUAUACCAAGC